ACGGCCGUGGCCAGGGAAUUUCGAAUGAGGGAGACGGCAGUGCGGAGGAAAGAGGAGACGGGGAGGGGAGAGGAAGGGGGAGAAGACCAUAACGACGACUACGAGGGAAAGUCUCCAGUGAGCAUCUCCAGUGACCAUGACGACUGAAGUUGGUUCAGAAACAAAAGUAAAGGAGUCAGAGAAUCUGGAAGCAAAUGCAGCAAAGGAAGAUGCUGGGGAUGCACCCGUAAGUCAAAAGGAGCAGGAGUCUGAAAGAGCAGAAGGUUCUCCUGUUCCCCAGGACCCACCUAGCCAAAGGAGCCCUAGAAGUUCAAAGAAGGAAAAGGAUCCAUCUGAAAGCAAGGGUAUUUCUCGCUUCAUCCCACCCUGGCUUAAGAAACAAAAGUCAUACAGUUUGACAGAACCCAAAGAUGAAGAUAAGAAGAAACAGUUGGCAGUAGUGGAGGAGGGUGAAUGUCCUGUUCCAGAAGAGGCAACUCAGCCUAAGGAAAAGCAGGAAGACUUUGCUGAGAUUUUUUUGGAAGCUAAAAGUGAUGACAAAGAAGAUGAAAAAGAUUCUGUUAGUAGUGCCGAGACACAGCCUGUGAAAGAAGACAGGAAAGAUAUUGUUUCUGAAGAUAAACAAGGGAGUGAGGAAGGCAAAAUGGAGACCAAAGAAGUGCAGACAGCUGAAGCUGAAAUUGAGAGAGCUGUUCAGAAAACUCCUAAGAAGAUCAGAACUGUCCAAUGUAAAGUAGUACUAUUGGAUGGCACAGAAUACAGCUGUGAACUUGAGAAAAAAGCUAAAGGCCAAGUGCUGUUUGACAAGGUGUGUGAACAUCUCAAUUUACUGGAAAAGGACUAUUUUGGUUUGUUAUUUCAAGACCACUCUGAUCAGAAGAAUUGGCUUGAUCCUUUAAAAGAAAUCAAGAGGCAAAUUCGAAAUUUACCCUGGCUAUUCACGUUUAAUGUGAAAUUUUAUCCACCUGAUCCGUCACUUUUAACAGAAGACAUUACCCGGUACUUUUUGUGCUUACAGCUUCGUCAGGAUAUUACUUCUGGCCGUCUACCAUGUUCUUUUGUGACUCAUGCUCUCCUUGGUUCAUAUACUCUGCAAGCUGAACUAGGUGACUAUGAUACAGAGGAGCACAAUAGUGAUUACAUUGGGGAAUUCCAGUUUGCACCCAACCAGACAAAAGAGAUGGAGGAGAAAGUAAUAGAGUUGCACAAAUCACACAGAGGUUUGACACCAGCGCAGGCAGAUUCCCAAUUCUUAGAAAAUGCGAAAAGGCUUUCUAUGUAUGGAGUGGAUUUACAUCAUGCCAAGGAUUCUGAAGGUGUGGACAUCAUGCUUGGCGUGUGUGCCAAUGGGCUGCUUAUUUACAAGGACAGACUUCGAAUAAACCGUUUUGCCUGGCCCAAAAUUUUGAAGAUCUCUUAUAAGCGCAGCAAUUUCUAUAUUAAAGUUAGGCCGACUGAGCUGGAACAGUUUGAGAGUACUAUUGGGUUCAAGCUGCCAAAUCAUCGGUCUGCGAAGAGGUUAUGGAAGGUUUGUGUGGAACACCAUACUUUUUAUAGACUGUUAUCACCAGAACAGCCUCCGAAGGCCAAGUUCCUGACAUUGGGUUCAAAGUUCCGCUACAGUGGACGUACUCAGGCACAGACACGCCAGGCCAGCAACCUCAUAGACAGACCUGCUCCUUACUUUGAACGCACCUCAAGCAAACGUGUCUCCAGGAGUCUUGAUGGUGCUCCAGUAGGUAUCACAGACCAGAGCCCACUUAAGGACUUCUCUGCUGAUAGAAGUUUUAAAGCUGCUGGACAGUCUAAAUUAAAAGAUGGAGAAGGUAGAGAUGAGGAUGGAGGCAUAGCUAAAAUGCCGCAUUUCGAAGAUGGAAAGAUGUAUCCCUUGAAAGUAGAUGGGGAAAAUAUUUAUAUCAGACAUAGCAAUUUAAUGUUGGAGGACCUGGAUAAGAGCCAGGAUGAAUUACUGAAGCAUCAGGCUAGCAUUAGUGAACUCAAGCGCAAUUUUAUGGAAGCCACACCUGAGCCACGCCCCAAUGAAUGGGAAAAGCGUCGUAUCACACCUCUGUCUCUACAGACACAAGGGAAAUUUGCUCCCAAAACAGAAGGGCCUCUCACUGGAACCGGCAGGACUAUUAAGAGUUCACAUGAGACUCUGAAUGUAGUGGAGAAGAAGCAGGCAGAGGUUGGGAUAGAAGAGACAGUAGUCACAGAUGAUACCCAAAGGGGCAAAAUACAAGUUAUCUUUGAUGGUGUCGAGUCUCAGAAGAUGGAGCAUCUCUCCAAAAAGGAUUCUUCAUCCUUCUCGUCAGACAGCAGCAGUAAUGAAAGUGAAGAUGAAGUAGAAUAUCAGCCACAUCAUCGAAUGAUCCAGGAAGUCAUAAAAGAAGAGCUAGAAGAGAAUGAAGAUAUCAAAGAGGAAGAACAGAAGACGCAAGCAGUAGAGUAUCCAGACAUUUCACAAGAAGUCAGCCAGGUUAAAGCAAAAAUUGAGCACCCACAAGCAACAGAAGCUUUGGUCCAAAUAAAUGAUGUACCCACAAAGACAUCUGGGGAGAGAAACGCAAUAAAAUUGAAUGAGCAAGGCCCAGAAGAGGAGAGGGAGGAAGAACAGCUCAAACUAAAUGGAGAGGCAUCACAUAUUGACAUUGAUGUGUCACCACAAAUAAUUUGUUGCUCUGAGCCUCCAGUGGUUAAAACUGAGAUGGUGACCAUUUCAGAUGCUUCACAAAGAACUGAAAUCUCCACUAAGGAAGUACCAAUUGUUCAGACAGAAACUAAAACGAUCACGUAUGAAUCUCCCCAGUUUGAUGGUGGUAGUGAUGCUGGUGUGCUGCUGAGUGCACAGACGAUCACAGCGGAAUCUGUUUCUACAACCACAACCACACACAUCACUAAGACAGUGAAAGGUGGUGUGUCAGAAACCAGAAUCGAAAAACGGAUUGUUAUCACUGGAGAUUCAGACCUUGAUCAUGAUCAGGCAUUGGCACAAGCCAUUAAAGAAGUCAAAGAGCAGCACCCCGACAUGUCUGUAACCAGAGUAGUGGUGCAUAAGGAAACGGAGGUGGCAGAAGAAGGAGACUAAGAUUUAUGAAGAUUUAUUUGUGAAUGAGAAGAACUUUGAUCAUUCCAAGUUGGUAUCUUCAUCACCGUUUCACUAAAUUCGUGAAGAGGCUGGCAACAAUGACUAGACAUCUCUGUAAUGAACUACCAACACCAAACCGUACCUUCUCUGGUCCUUUAUCAUUUACAACUUUAUUUUUAUAAUCACUUCUUAACAUUCUUGGCUUUUUUAUGAGGGUUAGAGAUUUAUUAUUUUUUUGCACAACUCCCUGCCAUUUUUAUAUAACUGAUCUCUUGAUUGCAUGAAAGUGAACAAAAAUAUUUAGUAAGCACUGUUCACUUGAGCAAGUGUAAAAUGCGGGAAAGACAGAAUCGUUGACUAAUUUAGAUAUAACCUUUUCAGAAAGUUUCAAAUAGAACCUCUUACUGGAAUGAUUUACAGAGGGUCCCCCCCCCCCGAUAUUUCA